AGUUGCUAGAAAUUUGAACAGUCUGGUAUCUCUUCUUGUAUUACUGAUAGAAUUUUUAAUAUUCGAAAGGUUUUGUGAGUGAUUCUAAGUUAAAAAUAAAUAAUGGAACAGACCGAGCAACAAAAUAAUCCUUCUGAGUUACCUAAUGAGCUUAUUAAAGAAGAGGGGAGUGAGGAAAAACGCUCGUCACAACAAGAAACACAUUCGUCACCAUCACCAGCAGUCUUGGAGAGCUCCCAAAGCAAUAUCGCGUUAGAAGCAAUAACUUUAGAAGAAGUAGAAGAGGACGGUGACCGAGAUAACUCAACUAAAUUAGUAAUAGACAUAGAUGAUGAAAAGGAUGAUGAGAAAGCUUUGUCGAUUGAAGAAGAAAAGAAAAGUAAAACCGAUAUAGUAGAACGUGACGAAUUGCUUAAAAAUGAAGAAAUGGCGAUAAUUGCGUUGUCGGAUAGUGAGGACGAUGAAAUAUCAGCUCCGGAAUCUGUCCCGAAAGCAGCUAAAGUGCAGAAACGACGUAGUGUAGGAGCCACCGGACAAUCAAACAAUGAUGAGGAGCCAGAAUCCUAUCGUUUGAAACGACGUAAAAUUAACGCUGCUGGAGCCCCUAAAAUGCCUUUAAAUGGUUAUGUGCGUUAUAUGAACGAACGUCGUGACAGCUUGCGCAAGGAGCAUCCCAAUAAAACAGCUAUAGAACAUACAAAAAUGAUAGGAGAAGAAUGGCAAACAAUGUCCGUAGAUCUUAAAGCGCCUUAUAUGAGGGCGGCAGAGGUUGAUAAGCAAAGAUAUCUUAAAGAACUGCAUAUUUUUCUUAAGACCCAUCCCGAUGUUUUAGCAAGUGAAUUGGCCAAGAAUAAACCACGCAAAUCUAUUGACGGUUGUUUCGCUCCUAACGCCAAUAAUACUGUCGCCAGCACGGCAACGAAGCCGUUGACCAAAGAGAAAAUUCAAUGUCAAAAUACGGACGCAAAGUCCUUAGCAAAUAAAGAUUUGCAAAAAGAGAAAGUUUCAAAAGUUCCAAUAUCGCCAUCUACACCUCCUAUACAAUUGCAUUCAAAUAUGGUGGAAAAAAUAAAAUCCAAAAGAACCCCAACACCACCACUGACAACGCAGCUCACAACAGAUGUAUUGCAUAACGCCAACACCACUGGCUCGACGGCAACAACAACAACAGCAACAACGACUACAAUUGUAACACCUACGCCUUGUGAGAUACCAAUCUUUACGAAUGAAUUUUUGGAACACAAUAAAGUUUACGAUACAGAAUUGAAAGCUUUGCGUAAAUCGAAAACCGAUUUAGAACAGCAGAAUGCUGUUCUCGAGAAAUAUGUGGAGAAUAUGAAAUCCGGCGUUCAGAAAAUGAUUAACGAAAACAAUGAACUCCAGGAGAAGAACCGUUUACUUGAGAUAUAUUUAAAAAAAUUGAAACGAAAACUGGCUGAAGCUUUAAGUGCUCUACCUCUUCCAAUGGCUCCCCAAGGAGCGACUGUAGAGAAUAUUGAAAAAUAUAUGCAAGAUUUAUAUAAAAUGGCUACCACUAAUUCCCAUGGUCCAGCUACUUUAAAUAAAGCUAAAGAUAUUAUACGGAAGUUAGAUUUGCAGAUACAAUUGUAAAAUGAUUCCAAACAUACCUGUUAC